GUGAUCUUUCUAUUUAAAAAAAAUUCAAAAAAGCUCACUCUAGCCAAGUCUUUUAUGUUACAAAAAAGUAGCUGGAUUAACUUUUGAAUUUUGUUUGGUUCUUUAACUCUUUUUAAAAGGCACACAUAGUCACGUAGCCCACGGGAAAAGAAAUAGGAAUUGGAAAUAGUCUAGUUCCAAGUUUGUGAAGCUAAACCUCUUCGCCGUCGUGGCCGCCGCUAACCUCCCUUUAAGUUGUUAUGGAGCAGCCACAUGAUUAUUACGAGAGGAAGAGGAUGCCUUUAACAGUCACCAUAAACACCCCGAAACGGCCGCUGUCUUCGACGGUAACGCAAUCGCAGCCGCAGCCGUUCCUUUCAGAUGAACUUAUCAGAGAAAUCUUGCUGAGGCUUCCGCCAAGAUCACUGCUUCGCUUACGGAGGGUGUGCAAUUCAUGGAAAACCCUAAUUUCCAGCUCCCAAUUCGCCAAAGACCAUCUUCAACAUUCAACCGCCGCGGAUCCAAGUUUGAGUCGGCCACGAGUUGCUUAUCAUCAUUAUUGCCACCACGGAUUCGGAGAUUUCUCCUUGCGCUCCUUGUUCGAGAACCCUUCCAAACCUACGGAAGUCGUUCUUUUCGUGGAGAGACGUAACUACAUGGUUAUUGGCUCUUGCAAUGGAUUGCUGUGCUUGCUGUAUUAUGUUGCUGGCAUCAACAACUAUGUCAGGUUGUGGAAUCCCUGUACUGGAUUAUUGACAACCCCAUCAGUGGUACGUGGAGAAUUCUUCUCAGUUCGCGGCUUCGGCUAUGAUCAUGUGAAUGACAAGUACAAGCUUGCUGUGAUUGUAAAUCACAUGGAGGAUCAUACAACCAGAAUUUAUACAUUUUGCCGCAACCCUUCUAAUAGAGCCAUUCAAGGGAUCCCAUUUAGCAGCAUAAAGGGUGAUCGUAAAGGGGUAUUUGUGCCUGGCACCGCUACUCUUAAUUGGGUUUAUCAGCAUGACACUCUGGAGUACUUGGUUCUUUCCCUUGACUUGGUGAAGGAGACUUUUAGUGAGUUUUCCCUGCCUCUCAGUGAUCCGGAUGAUGAAACCUUCAUCUUCCCACACUUAUGUGUGCUGAGGAACUGCCUUGCAUAUUGUUUUAAUCAUGAGAAAACUCAUUGGUUUGUGUGGGUCAUGAAGGAGUAUGGAGUGCCCAAAUCUUGGACCAAAUUGGCCAUCAUCCCCUGCCUUCCGUGUCUACCCGAUUAUCCUUUUCUUCCGCGUCUAUCCCAUUAUCAUUUACGUCCAUUGUAUAUCUGGGGAAACAAUAUUCUUGUGGCGGUUGUAUCAACUUCAGAGAUAGUUCUGUAUAAUUUGGAUAAUGGUAGCUUUGAAUUUCCUAAACCUACUCCUUCAGUAGGAUUGUGGGUCUUUAUUUAUCACGAAAGCUUAGUUUCACCUGACCUUCCAAGUAGCUCAUCCCAAAUUCAGUUAAUCAAACACUAACGGACAAGCUGUCUUCUGAACAAUGUUGAGUAAACACAAAUGGAAUGGUAAUUCAAAAUACAGAGAUUAUCACCGGUAAGGAAGAAGGAGCUCACGGUGAUGGAAGGAGUAGAAUGGCGGUGGUCGGUACUGCGGUUGGAAAAGAGUUUGGCAAAGAAAAGAGAAGACGACAGCAGAGGCUCCGAGCCUGUUUUCGGUGAGCAGCAGAGAUGAAGAACAAUUAGUCAGAGGUGACGGUGGCUGUUGAUGCAGCGUCGAGUAGAAAGAACAGCGGCAGCGGUGAGUGGUGUUGCAGCUGUCAGUGAAGAAGGAGCAGCUCACAGCAAGUUGACGACACUGAUGAAGAGAACGGAGAGCUUGAGAUCCUACCUUCGUUGGUGUUACAGAGGUUGAAGUUGGACUGGGUUGGGUUGGCAGAGGAGUUAAUGGUGGUAUGACUGAUUUGCAGUGAUUAUGACGGCACUCUUUCCAGCAACCUUGAAUCAUCUUCAACCGGUGCAUAUAAGGGUGAAGGAGGAAGAAGGAGAAAGAAAGAAAGCUAUAGGUUACGUUGCCUUAUAUUAUAAGUGAGAAGCUUGGGUGUUGUUGGAAAGCAUUAUCCAACUGCCAAAUGGGUUGUCAUGUCUCAGAAAAAGAAGAACAAGCACAAUCAGUAAGGCAUAAACAGCAAGUUUAGGCGCUGAUGGCAAAAGAACUCAGAAAUAUGUAAUGGUGGUGAUUUGGCAGGAACCACAUGUGAUUGAUUGUGCUUUGUUUUGUUUGUACAUCUCACAAUUAGUGAUCCAUUCUUGGUGGUGUUGCCGAAGGGGAUGGAUUAAUAGUUGUUGGAUAGACUUCUUUUAUCCCUUUCAUGAGUCAAGUAUGUACCAAAUGAUCUUAAAAAAAUGGUGAGCAUGGCAGCGCAUAAAGAAGGUAAUAUUUUACUCCUGAUCAACACCUAAUUUUUUAUUUUUUAUUCUUUUGGCAUUUCAUCCGAUGCAUAUGUUCAGCUUAGAUUGCCAAUUAAAAUCGAAGUAUAUCCAAACUCAGAAUUGAGAAAUUUGAUGUCAGCUGCUGACCUUUUUCUUUUUUAAUGUUAAUUGGAAUCUCUUUUUCUACCUGUCUUCCCCUAUCCUUUUUCUUUUUGGGUAUUUUGAUUCGGUUGUACAGAGCAUAUAGGAUAAUAGGAACCAAGACUGCUGGACAAAUCAGGAGCCAUGCAGAGAAAAUCUUCACAAAGGCUUCUUUGCACAAAGAACAUUAUAUGGAGAAAAAUCCUUUGCAAGCUGCUACUUUUCCUAAAGGAUUUGAGGUCUACAACCGUCCAUACUUUAAUUUUCUUGACACUUCAUUUUUCUGAUUCUUGAUAAUUAUAUACGUGAUGGUAAUCAGCAAUAAUAUUAAUUUACUGUGAUGAUUAUUUCCUAUUUCAUAUUUCAUAUUCACUUGCUCUUGUUGGACUUGUAAGAAUGACCAUCAUUUACUAGUAUUCCUUUGCACUUACAUUAU